AUGGAGGGUUACACUAUCCCAAACAAACCCCUCGCCAACAAAGACUCAAUCGUGGCCGGUGAUCAAUGGCGCUUCACCUUAAUCAACGACAUCGUCCUUCGCUACGAAUGGUCUGAAGAUGGUGUCUUUGAAGACCGCCCAUCAACCUUUGCUCUCAAUCGAGAAUUCCCUACCCCAAAGUUCACAGUCUCUGAUACGUCUGACCAGCUCGAGAUCAGAGCGGAGGCUUUUCAGGUCACAUACAACAAGAAGCGCUUCGACCGCUACGGCCUCGUCAUCAGCUUCACCAACAAGAACACCCUCUGGGGCGCUGAUUGGCGAUAUGGAGAGACGCCUCAAAAUUUGGGGGGCACGGCGAGGACUCUCGAUGAAGUCAAUGGGCGGUGCGAGCUUGAGCCUGGUAUUCUUUCCAGGGCUGGGUACUCAGUUCUCGAUGAUAGUGACUCUAUGCUUUUCGACUCUUCUGGUUUCGCAGCGCCUAGACGACCUGGAGAUCGCAUUGAUGGGUAUCUCUUCUCGUACGGCUACAACUACAAGGCCGCUAUGCAAGCUUUCUUCGCCAUCUCUGGAAACCAGCCGCGUUUACCUCGCUGGGCAUUGGGAAAUUGGUGGAGUCGGUACUAUCCCUAUACUGAUGACGAGUACCUGAAGCUCAUGGACAAGUUCGAGGCCGAAAAGGUCCCAUUGUCUGUAGCUGUUAUUGACAUGGACUGGCACCAAGUCCAUGGUGACCAUAUUCCCCAUGCUGGCUGGACGGGGUACACGUGGAACAAGGAGCUCUUCAAGGACCCCAAAGCUUUCGCCAAGGCGCUGCAUGACAAGAAUUUAAAGAUAACUUUGAAUGACCAUCCCCAUGGUGGUGUUUAUCACCAUGAGGAUCAAUAUGAGGCCAUGGCUAAGGAUCUGGGACACGAUACUUCUGACAAGGCGCCAAUUCUUUUCAACCCUGUUGAUCCAAAGUUCAUCCAUUCAUAUUUGAACACGCUUCAUCGCAGCCUCGAGAACGACGGGUGUGACUUUUGGUGGAUUGACUGGCAGCAAGGCCCGUACAGCCGUGUACGAGGUCUAGACCCUUUGUGGCUUCUUAACCACUAUCAUUUCCUGGACCACGAGAAGCAGAAGGGUGACGGGAAAGCCAUUAUCUUCUCGCGCUUUGGAGGUCCAGGAAGUCAUCGCUACCCCGUUGGUUUCUCGGGCGAUAGCAUCAUGACAUGGGAGUCGCUUGCGUUUCAGCCUGAGUUCACUGCCACAGCAUCCAACAUUGGGUAUGGUUGGUGGAGCCAUGAUAUCGGUGGCCAUAUGGGAGGUUAUCGCGACGAUGAACUUGCUACUCGCUGGGUGCAAUAUGGUGUCUUUUCACCUAUCAUGCGACUCCAUUCGCAAAACGGCCUGUUCACCUCCAAAGAGCCCUGGCUCUACCGCCCUGAAUUUACAGCUGUUAUGAACAAGUUCCUGCAGUUCCGUCACCGCCUCAUUCCCUAUCUUUACACAAUGAACUGCCGGUCGUCGUCGGAUGGAGAGCCCGUUGUGCAGCCUCUGUACUGGAAGUUCCCGGAGAGAGACGAAGCGUAUGAAAGGCCAAACCAGUACUACUUUGGAUCGGAACUCAUGGUUGCGCCUAUUGUGAGCCCUCGCGACAAACGAACGAAUCAUGGUGCAGUCGACGUUUGGGUGCCCCUUGGACGCCAUGUUGAUAUCUUCACUGGUGUUAUCUAUGAUGGUGAUCGUGAUAUCAAGAUGCAUCGAAGUGUCAAGAGCAUGCCUGUGCUUGCACACGAGGGUGCUAUCAUUCCUCUCGAUGGAGAUGUUUCUCCUGGCAAUGGGGGUGAAAGCCCUAGACACUUUGAAGUUCUUGUCGCAAUUGGCAAAGACGGUGGAAUUUCCAUCGAAGAAGAACCUGACAAUGACAAGAAUGGAGGAAAGGAUUCCAGUCUCACGCUCGGUUACACCCAAGCAAGCGGUAGCUCAUCGUUUGAACCGAAGGGCAAGUCCUGGACUUUCAAGUUCCUCUCUGUGAUGGAAGUACCAAAGGACUUCAAGGUCAUUGGAGGUUCCAAGGAUGAAGAAGUUUCCGGCGUCGAGACACGCAUUGACGAUCAUCCCAACGUGCCUGGUUUGGUAGUCCACAUCCCUGAGAUUCCUGGACACUACGAGAACGUAUCUAUCAAACUCGGCGAUGACCCCAAAUUGAGCGUCCUUGAUCCCUUGAAGCGCAUAGAGGACCUCGUGCGGGAUUGCCAGAUGGAUAUGUGGACGAAGGUGAAGCUAUGGGGAAUUUUAACAACAUCUGAGCCUACAGUGGUGAAGAUUGGGCAGUUGAUGGCUAUGGGAUUAGAUGAGGUGUUACUUGGGCCUAUUAUGGAGUUGCUCAUGGCUGAUAGUCGGUAUCGAACAUCUUCUAAGUGA